AUGGAGAAGAAGCUUCGUUCAUCUCUUCACUCUUCACCCCAAGAAUUCCUCUCCAUAGCCAUAACCCAAACCCUAAAAUCCUCAAAACCCUCUCUCAAAACCCUAAUCCAUUCCAUUAAACCCUCCUCCAAUCCCACUUCUUCUCUCCCUCCCCCUCUCUGCGAUUCCAUCGCCUCCACAAUCCAAUCCUUCCAGAACCUUCUCCAAUCCAACUCCGACAAUCCGCAAACCCCUCUCGCCACUACUCUCCGCCGCUCUUCUCGCAAACCCAACGCUGCAACUGAACAAAAACCUCGACCCGAUAAAAAGCAUAAACUUCUCGAACGUCUUCAGAUUCUCACUCAUGUUUUGUCUCUAUGCGUUUCGCAUCCUAAGAAAGUUUUCGAUCCUGCCGAUUUGCUUCCUGGAGUUCGAGCGUUGCAUGAUAAUUUAAUUGUCUUGGAGGCGGAUUCUGUUUUGUCUUCGGCGGUUGAGACGCUUUGUGAAGAAUGGUGGAAGGAGAAUUUAGUAGGGAGGGAGUCGUUGAUUUCGCAGACGCUUCCGUUUCUUCUCUCGAGGACGUUGACGUUGAAGAAGAAAGUGGAUGUGCAUAGGGUUUACAUGCUCCGUGAAGCGUUUUUUCUGUUAGAUUUUGAAGAUGAUAGUAUUGAGGAUUUGAAGCUGUUGCUGAAUCGGAGUGUGAUUUCGCCUUUAUUUUUGAAGACGGAAGAUGGGAGAAAGUUUCUGUCGUUUCUCUUCGGGCUGAGUGAUCAACUUAGGAAGGAAUUGUUGGCGAUGAUUCGUUCGCAGAUUCCGUUUGGGAGGAAGUCCAUGUUGGAGGCUUAUGGGGAUAUAUUGUUUCGAGCAUGGAAAGCUGCCCCGGAAGAUUCAAGGAGUGAAAUUGAGAAUGGAUUCUUGCAAGAUUUGGUUGAGGGGUGCAUUCAUGCAAGUUCUGGAUCUUUUGCUUCAUAUAUUAGGAGGGUUUUGGGAGGUUUUAUCAACCAGAGGACCGUUGACGGGGUUGAGAAACUACUCUAUCGACUUGCCGAGCCUGUCAUAUUUAGAUCUCUACAGGCUGCAAACUCAAAUGUUCGUCAAAAUGCUUUGCACCUGCUUUUGGAUGUAUUCCCCCUUGAAGAUCCUGAUGCUCCAAAAGGGGAUAAGGAUACAUUGAUUGAUAAACAGUUCUUUUUGUUAGAAAGGUUGCUUGUUGACGAUUGUCCGGAAAUUAGAACAAUUGCUGUUGAGGGUUCGUGUCGUGUCCUUCAGCUAUUUUGGGAAAUUAUCCCGUCGCCAAUUAUUACAAAGAUGCUUUCAAAAAUAAUUGGUGACAUGUCUCAUGAUGUAUGCAAUGAGGUAAGGCUUUCUACGUUGAAUGGCAUCAUUUAUUUGCUUGACAAUCCCCACUCUCACGAAGUACUUAAAGUGCUCUGUCCAAGACUCGGGCACUUAAUCCAAGAUAAUGUCCUCACAGUACAAGUCGCUAUGGCAGAUCUCUUGCUCCAUCUAAAAGAUGUCCCAAAUUUUCAAUUUAAUAAGGUGGUGGAUCUCAGUUUGCUUUUAUCCGAGCUUGCUAGUGAUCAGCCUCCUGUAUCUCAGAAAAUAACUAAACUUCUUGUACCUUCGUACUUUCCCUCAGUAGUGCCCAUUGAGGAGGCAUGUAAUCGCUGCAUUACACUUGUAAAAAGGGCUCCACUGGCUGGUGCAAUAUUUUGCAAGUAUGCUAUAUUGGAAGGAGCGUCUCAAACUCGUCUUAUGGAACUGGUAAAAGUAUUUCUGAGUUUGGUUUUGUCACCAGAUAAGCUGGAUGCAGAUCUGAUAGAGGGCUUUCUUGUCGCUGCUAGCUACCUUUGUGAUAACUUAACCUGUGAACCAUGCUAUAAGAAUGUCCUCAAAGAGUUCCUUACUGCAGAGAAAGUGAAAGGUUUACUAACUGCAGCAUCUGCUGAACAAGCUCAAUCAUCUUUAUUCAACAUUUUCUCCACUGUCUGUCCAGAUAAUGUUGAAGGACUUCUAGAGGAGGCCAUGAGUGUUGUCACAAACUGCAGUGGUUUACCCGAAGAUGUUGAUCGCCAAUCUAAGGUUAGGUCUGCACAUAAGCUGUUGCUUUCUCUAGGAGGUUUUGAUGACAUGUUCGAAGCCUUAACGACCCUACUGCUUAAAAAGAUAAUUAACCAAAAGCAAUCUUUUGAAGAUGAUUAUGUUGUAGCUGUUGGUGUAGCAUGGCAAGUUAGAGACUUGCUGCAGCAUGAGAAAACCAGGAAACGCAUCUUUAAAUCUCAACCUUUAGAAAUGUUGUUUUUUUCACUUAAGAUGGUAUCUGAAAUCAGCAUUGUGAAUUGUGGGAAGUAUGAAUAUAUUGAUGUAUCUCCUGUUUUGGCAUAUAUUGCUCUUGCACUGCAAAUGACGGUUGAUAAUGUUGGCCGAAGUAGGGGGAAAAGUGGUGAUUCAAAGAGGAAGAAACGUAACAUUGAUUCUUCAUCAUUACUUUCAGAGACUGUAUUGGAUCUGACAAUUGAGCACAUGCUCGACUGCUUAGAAAAACUAUUUGGAUCGGAUGACUCUAUACAAAGUCGCAAUGCGGGUUCAUCCAACUUGAAAUCAACAGCAGGGAAAAAUCAAAAUUCCACAAAUAGGCGAAGGUUGUCUCUGACAAAUGCUGGCUGCCCAAGAGGAUCUGUACACAGUGAAGCUCAAUAUGUACUUUGCAAGGUGAAGAUGCUUACUGCUGUUCUCAAGUUCAUUGCUGAUACCGCUGCAAUGUGUUUUGCUCCUCAUAACCAUGGAUUAUUUUUGAAAUAUACAUCAAAAUGCAUACGACAUAUAGUGUCUUCAUUGAACCAUCUUUUUCAUAACAAAAUCCAAUUCCAUGAAGAAGAUAAAAAAAAUACUCUAGUUUGCCUAAAAAGCUCUUUCAGCUAUGCUUCAAAAAUACUCAAUGUCAUACUGGCAGGUUCUGAUGGAUCCUCCAUCACGGCAUCAAAAGCCUUUAUUCUUGCCAAUAACCUGCUUGAUUUAAUUGUUUCAAUAGAAUCAUGUUUGGGUUCUGUAUAUGCCUCACGUCUUGUUUCAGCAGCAAGGCCUUGGCUGCCCGAUGUGAUUUUGGCAUUGGGGUCUUUAAGUGUUCUACAAGAUACUGACAGUGAAAGCGAACAUGCAACUGUAUGUGAACAAGUGAAGUUACAUUUUCCAAAAUGGCCUUUGGUUGUAGCCAAAACUGUGCUCUCUGCAGUGAAUGAAGGUGAAGGAGAUGUUGAAAGUUCUCAAACAGAUAAAUGCCCAGCAUUCAAUAAACUUCUGGCCAUUCUGAUUAUAUUACUAAAAAAGAAUCGAAGUAUAAGGGAUGCAGUUGGGAAUGUUUUCCUGGUUUGUUCACUUGUUGGGCUAGAACGAAAGGACUUUGAGCUGGCAUUAGCACUCUUGCAGUUUGUAUGUUCCAAGUUGUUUAACAGUGAUGACAAGGAUUGGGGUGACAUGAUGCUGUCUUCUCUGCAAGAAAUAUAUCACAAGAUAGAGCAGCAAAUGAAAGAAGAUAGAAACGAAGAUGAACUGGAGAAAUUAACGCAUGCAAAGGAGUUGCUUGAACCUCUUUGGAACUAUCAUCUGUAUGAAAGUAGAAAGGUUGACAUGACUGAUGUCUAG